UCCGCCUCUCUUCGCCUUCUCUCCCACUCUGCCUCUCUCUCUCUAUCUGCAACCUCACGGUCAGUAGCUCACAGUUUCCAUCCCGCAAUAGUACAAAAUGGUCUCACCUGACGCAGGCUGUAGCGGUUUCGGUACUGGCGGUGGUGCAGUUGGUCCGCCUACUGUUUUUUCAUCAGCUCCGUCGCCUACAUCUAUUGAAGAAAUGAAGGAAUCAACUAACGCAGAGAAUGAGAAAUCCAAUCUGGACAUACCUAAUGAACAGCAAGAGCCAAACUCUUCAUCGUCUCCGGAUUUGAACAAAGAAGAUGCGAGCAAAAUUGUGACAAUCAAAGUAGAAGAGGAGGAAGAAGACUACGACCUAGAAGCGGUUGAUUACAUGGACGGUGGCUAUCGGUUUAAGCUCGCCGAAGGAGUGGAGAAUACGAACAGAAAUGGAAAUGGAUCGUCCUCUUCGUCAUCAUCAGUCGGUAUGCCGAAGCCAAUGGAGGGACUGCACGAGUCGGGCCCACCACCGUUCUUGAAGAAGACGUUCGAGUUGGUGGAGGAUCCGGAGACUGAUUCGGUCGUUUCGUGGAGCAAGAAUCUUGACAGCUUCGUUGUUUGGGACUCUCAUGAGUUCUCCAAGAUUCUUCUUCCCAAAUAUUUCAAGCACAGCAAUUUCUCUAGCUUCAUCCGCCAGCUCAAUACCUAUGGAUUUAGGAAGAUUGAUUCAGAUAGAUGGGAGUUUGCGAAUGAGGGAUUUCGAAGAGGUAAGAAACAUUUGCUGAAGAACAUCAGGAGGAAGAGUAGAUUUGAAAGGCAGAAACAGGGAGCAACAUCUCGUGCCAUUUCAUCGAAGCCCGGAUUGGAAGCCGAGGUUCAAUCCUUGAUGACUGAUCAGAACAUUUUGAGAGGUGAAAUCCUGAAACUGAGACAGCAACAACAGGAGGCGGAUGACAAAAUAGAUGCUGUGGGAGAGCGAAUUCGGACAGCAGAAUUUAAGCAAUUACAGAUGUUCAUUUUCUUCAUCAAAGCAACCAAAAACCCUGGACUUAUCCAACAACUGAUGAACAAGAAAAGGCAACAAACAGCACUAGAUGGGGGUGAAUUCAUCAAGAGGCGCAGGUUACCCACAACCCAGGCAACCCACCAAUGUGCCAGUUGCAGAAAUCAAUUGCAGGAGCAGCUGACUAAAGUUGAAUCCAACAUUGGUGAAGUAUUAUUACCCAAAGGAAUAGAUGCCUUCACAACGCAGAAGGGUUGUCCAAGAGGUGAGGACUUCUGCUGUCCUACUGAGGAUGAUAGGGAUAAUCUGAUGUGUGGAGCAAGUGCUCCAUAUAUGUCCUCUGCAUAUUAUGCAAUGUCGGAGAAGUUGAUGGGAGACAACAUGGUUCUUGAGAAUUUGGUUGAUGAAGAACUUGCUGUGAAUGACACUAACCUAUACUUUGGCUUGGAGGAUUUGAUGAUUACGAAGCCUGAAACUGAAACGGAAGAUCUAAGUAAGAGGCGGCAAAGUUGGGGAGGAUCUGUGAAUGAGAUGGUCGAUCAUAUCGGCUGCGUUGGAGCAACAAAUUGAUGUUAACUUGGUUGAAGAUACAAAGUUGCAGUUGCUCUUGGAUUGGAAUUUGAAGGGAUUUUGAUUAUACUAGAGAUCUCUGUGUGCUAAUACCAUCACAUGUUCAUAUUUUCUUUCUCGAACAUCUUCCCCUCUCUUAACAAUAGGCUUGUACAAAUUCCUUCUGCAAUAGCAGCAUAUGGUAAUAGAAUAGAUCUUCUUGCACCAAAAUCUCUUGUUCAUUUUUGUGCUGGUAACUGAUAGUUCAUCACAAUUAAAAACCAACCUUCCUAAGAGAUUUUCCUUCA